AUGGAAUCUAGUGGAGGGCCACCUUCGUAUUACAGCAUUCUAGGGGUAGAUGCACAGUCUUCGGAUGAAGAAAUACGACGUGCUUAUCAUAAGCUUGCUAUGCAAUGGCAUCCAGAUAAAUGGACUAACAACCCUACACAGCUUGGUGAGGCUAAGCAGAAAUUUCAACAAAUUCAAGAGGCCUAUUCAGUUUUAUCAGAUCAUAGCAAGAGGACAAUAUACAAUGCAGGAGUAUAUGAUCCUGAUGACGACGAUGAUGAAGUAGAAGGAUUUGUUGAUUUUCUUGAAGAAAUGAUGUCUCUUAUGAAUGAUGUGAGGAUGGAGGGUAAGACAUACCGCAUUGAGAAGCUACAAAGUACGUUUUGGGAGAUGGCUCGAGGUUUUGAGAUUCCUCAAUGGACAAGUUCUCAGCAAUCCAUGUAUGAGUGGCAAUGGUGUUCUGGACACGAUCUAUAUAGCUCCGGAACUGCACUGGGAAGUUCAUGGGAAGCAAGCCUAAUUGAGGGUAACCCACAUUUACAUAGGUCUGCUUUUGAAAUGCAUGCAGCAAAUAGGUUUUGCUAA